AGGUCAAAAAAACAACAAAAAGAAAAGGUUAAUAAAUCCUGGAAGCAACAAAGAAGUAGAUUCUUUUGUUAUUAGUUGGCUAUUUUAGAAUGGACUCGAAAAGUCUAAAAGGAGCAUCAAGUUUAAUGGUAGUAUAACAAAGUGGAGAGGAUUAGGAUAGGAGGAAGAAAAGGGGAAAAGAUUCUAGAGAGAGAAGAGAAGGGUAGCUGAAGUUAGCUUUCUUGUUGGACUUGCCUUUUGGCUUUGGUUUCAGCUUUCUCUGAAAGGGGUUUUCAUGGAGGACCUGAAAAACAACUUGAGGGUGACACAGUAAUGCUAGAAGCAUGGGGAAAAAAGGCAGUUGGUUUUAUGCCCUCAAAAGGAUUUUUACAUGUAACACCAAGAAGAAGUCUGCCUAUGGAUCAGCGAAGAAAACUGCUAAGGAAAAGAAGAAGGGUCGUAGAAUACUGAGGCAUGGAGAGUUCAAAUCAUUCCUCUUUAGAGAACCAAGCAGUAUUGAGAAAAUACUGGGGGAGGUUGAUGAUCAGAACCUACUUGUUAGGGAUCCUACUUCUGAACAACCUGGCAUUCCUUCUGCAUUCGCUGUGACACCAACUUCUCCAAGAAUCAAUUCACCUAGAGAUGCAUCUCCUCAGUCUUCUUAUAGGGCUACAUCUCCUGGUGCCACUUCUCCAAGGAUCGCCUCUCCGAGGGCUACUUCUCCAAGGGUCAUCUCUCCUAAGGCUAGCUCUCCCAAGGAAGCUUCUCCAAAGUCUACCUCUCCAAGGGCAGCUUCUCCAAAAGCUACCUCUCUCAGGGAAUCUUCUCCAAAGGGUACCUCUGCUAGUGCUCCUUCCCAAAAGGCUAUCUCUCCUAGGGAAGCUUCUCCAAGGGUCUCUUCCCCUAGAUCUACUUAUCCUGAGCUGAGUAGGAACCACAAUGAGAUUAGCUAUGCUAACAGACCAGAACCAACUUUGACGCUCCAUCUUGCAGCAACCAAGAUACAGGCAGCCUACAGAAGUUACAUGGCAAGGAGAGGUUUCAAAUCUUUGAGUGGUUUAGCAAGACUUCAAGGAGUGGUCAGAAGCAGAAGUGUAAAGCGGCAGACAGUAAAUGCCAUGAAACAAAUGCAACUUCUAGGUAGGGUUCAAAUGCAAAUUCAGUCAAGGAGGACUCAAAUGUUCCAGACACUCCAUAGUCAAGCUUACAUGAAUGAUAAAGAAGUUGAGAGCACUUUAAGCAAAUGGACUCAGCUGACCGAGGCAGGUAACCAUGAUGAUUGGGAUAAUAGUGUGCUAACUAAAGAUGAGGUAGAAGCAAGGCGGCGGGAAAAAGUGGAGGCAAUCAUCAAGAGGGAGAGAGCAAUGACCUAUGCAUGUUCUCACCAGUUGUGGAGAAGCAACCCCAAAUCAGCUAUGGACUUCCGAGCCAGUGGAAUUCCUUGGUGGUGGAACUGGUUGGACCACCAGCUACUUCCAGGAAAUGAUUCCGAGAGCCAAUCUGCUGUGAAAGAUGUCCAUGUAACACCAUCAAGGGCAUUAUCAGAACACAAGCCAAGUCCAUGGCGUCUAAGUCAGAACUUCAGACACCUCCAUUUGGAUUAUGACAGUCAUGAAUCAGCUACACCAAGGUCAACUAAGUCUGCAGUUCCAUUAAGGGGCAAACUAAUGCAUACUCCCAGAAGAACAUCAUCGCCAAUGAGCAGCUUGAGCGUCUCAAAGUACUCAAGACGCCGUGCUAGUGCUGCUGAUUCCCCUUUCAAUCAUUCCUUGAAGGAUGACGACAGUCUCACGAGCUGCCCUCCUUUUUCAGGUCCAAGUUACAUGUCACCAACCAUCUCAGCCAGAGCUAAAUUCAGAGGAAAAACCAUUCUUGAGGAGAGAAACACAGGUACCCCAUCAAAUAGCUCGAGGAGGAGGCUAUCGUUUCCUUUGACUCCAAGUAGUACUGGGUCUGUCAAGUGGAACAAAGGGUCUGGCAAGGAUGCUGCUUCUCUAAAGGAACACGAGUCUAUGGGAGAUCAUAUGAGUGUGCAUUCUACUGGUUCGACGCCUACUGUAGUUGGGAGGAAACCAUUUAAAAGAUUUGUGUGAUUAUGUGUACUGUAUUAUGUCCAUCUGUAUUUAGCUCUGAAGGUACCUGUUUUUCUUGUUCUUUUCUUCUUUUUGAUGUGUAUUUAUUGGUGUAUUUUGUUAACAGAACACUAAUGUAAAAUAAUUAAAUGUCCACAUUCUCUUGUUUGUUA